GUUGACAAUGAGAGAAGGCAUUUGUAUGUCUCAUGUCAGAUAGUCCAGCGCGUACAGAAGACCAGUAUGUAAGCCAAGUUCUGCCCCCGUGUGAUGGCGCCAUGCGACUCGGUAUCGCGGACGACAGCUGCGGUGAGAGUGGAAGGGCAGGGGCUUGCUGAAAUUUGAGUGCGGCUGAGCGCGCUAGCGGGACGCUAUCCCACCCUAAAUGACCCUUUGGAGUCUGGAACUUCAACUCCGCCUUGCACCAUGCUGACAGCGAGCGGCUCUGGGCAAGGAUCGAAUUCGGCGGCUCGGCCCCUCGGGUCUCGAGGCUCUGCUUUGGGCCUGACGGCGGCGGGCGAGGUUCCCAAAUAAAACAGAGCGACCCCCCCUUGUUGUUUGGUGCGAUAUCCGUACCUGAGUCAGACCAUAUUUCAAUAACACCAGUGCAUUCCUGGACCGUUGGAUACCGUAUCUUGCGGCCGCCCGGACGACUCGAAACCUACCUACAAUGGCCGACGCCGUCCCCGAACAGCAGCAGUACGCUGCCCCAGCAGCAGUCGCCCAUGGCAAGGAGCCUGAGGAACGGUAUAUUCAGCAGACGCCGGUGUGGGUGGUUGUGAUGCGCGGCUUUCAAAUCUUGAUAUCUUUCAUCAUCCUUGUUAUGGCCGCUUGGUGUAUGCACGGCAUUGUCCUGGGUGCGAACGCCUUUGCCUUGGUCUGCUGGCUGUUCACUUGGAUUAUCGUCGCGUAUGAGCUCAUUUCGGAGAAAGUUCCAUCGGCGCAGAAGGCAUACAACAUCUGGGCCGUCCUGUCACUCGAUUUCCUUAUGGCUCUCUUUUGGUUGGCUUCGAUGGGUGCCAAUGCCGCCUUACGCGCGGAAUUCAAUACCACCGUCAACAUUAAUUCCUGCCACAGCAACGGAAAGGUCGUCAACAGCAAGACCUGCACCUACACUCCUGCCAAGGCCAAGCGCAACGGUGCUGUGGCUGACCAGACCGGCCUUGCCGUAAUAAGCGCCAUCGCCGGAUUGAGUGCGCUUGUGUGGCUCCUUUUCGUGGCCACACUCGUUUUCCACGGGCACACCUACCGCCUCUGGCACCAGGAGCACAAGAAGCCCUCGGCUGACAACGCGACCGUCGAGAUGAAGGCCCAGGGCACGCCCAUGCUGGCCCCGCAGCCCGACGCCCAGCCCGUCCACCCACAGUACUCGGACCAGCAACAGUACCAAUCACAGGUGUACCCGCCGCAGGCCCAGCAGCACGAUGCCUACCCGCAGCAGACCGCCGCCUAUGCGCAGCCGCCCCAGACCGACCCCUACGUGCAGCAGGCCGCUGCCUACCCUCCACAGCAGCAGUACGAGCAGCAGCAACCUUACAGCCCGCAUGGCACUCCCGCACCGGGGCAGCCGUACUAUCCACCCCAGGAGCAGCAGCAGCAGCAGCCGUAUAGCCCGCAUGGAACGCCCGCGCCCGGGCAGCCUUACUACCCACCGCAGGAGAAGCAGCAAUGAACACAUUCGUGUGAGGGGUGCUGGGGGUAUUAGCGGUGGUUGUCUUUUGCUUUUUCUGGUCUGAGUCUUAAGACUCGAAACUCAACAUCACGAAUUUUGCCAGACCACGAGGAUAAUGAUGGCUUCGGGAGCAGAUCAGGGAUUGCUGGGUUCAUGUUUUAACUUUCUUGGGUUUAUUAUACCUGGUAUCUGACGAUAUCUGUUCCAAGGGGGCGUUGGGUAGCGCUUUGGCCGGCAUCAUAGAUACUGUAAUUUGCAUUUCAUUGUUUUGCAAACUGGAGUUCCGGUAUGCCGCUAUGUGACUGGCAAGGUGGUGAUUUACAAGCAAGAGAAGAUCUGAACAUACCAAUCAGAUGUCCAAGUUGAUGGUG